UUCCCGAGCACCAUGGGCAAUGGUUCAGUGAAACCCAAGCAUUCUAAGCAUCCAGAUGGCCAGUCGGGGAACAUCAGCAACGAAGCCCUGCGGAGCAAGGUGGCAGAGCUGGAGCGGGAGCUGAGGAGGAAAGAUGUUCAGCUUCAGGAACAGGAGUACCACCUGAAGGAGCUGCGCGAGCAGCUGGCCAAGCAGACUGUGGCCAUCGCCGAGCUCACGGAGGAGCUUCAGAGCAAGUGCAUCCAGCUGAACAAGCUGCAGGAUGUGAUACACGUGCAGGGGGGAAAUCCGCUGCAGGCCUCACCCGACAAAGUGCCCCUGGAUGUUCACCGCAGGACCUCAGGCUUGGUCUCUCUCCACAGCAGGAGGGGGGCGAAGGCUGGAGUGUCUGCAGAGCCAACCACCCGAACCUACGACCUCAACAAACCCCCCGAGUUUUCCUUUGAGAAAGCAAGAGUCAGGAAGGAUUCCAGUGAGAAAAAGCUCAUCACCGACGCCCUCAAUAAGAACCAGUUUCUGAAGAGAUUGGAUCCCCAGCAGAUCAAAGACAUGGUGGAGUGCAUGUAUGGGAGAAGCUAUCAGCAGGGUAGUUACGUCAUCAAGCAAGGGGAACCAGGAAACCAUAUCUUCGUGCUGGCUGAGGGUAGAUUAGAGGUGUUCCAAGGAGAGAAAUUGCUGUCGUCCAUCCCGAUGUGGACCACAUUUGGGGAACUGGCGAUUUUGUACAACUGUACACGGACUGCUUCUGUGAAAGCUAUUACCAAUGUUAAAACGUGGGCACUAGACAGAGAAGUUUUCCAGAACAUUAUGAGGAGAACAGCGCAAGCCAGGGACGAGCAGUACAGAAACUUCCUCAGAAGUGUUUCCUUGCUGAAGAAUUUACCUGAAGAUAAAUUAACCAAGAUCAUUGACUGCUUGGAAGUGGAAUACUAUGACAAAGGUGAUUACAUCAUCAGGGAAGGGGAAGAAGGGAGCACCUUCUUCAUUUUGGCAAAAGGCAAAGUAAAAGUCACACAGAGUACAGAAGGCCACGAUCAGCCACAGUUGAUAAAGACAUUGCAGACGGGGGAAUACUUUGGAGAAAAAGCUCUGAUCAGCGAUGACGUCAGAUCAGCCAAUAUAAUUGCCGAAGAAAAUGAUGUCGCAUGCCUUGUGAUAGAUCGAGAAACAUUCAACCAAACUGUCGGGACAUUUCAAGAGCUCCAAAAAUACCUUGAGGGAUAUGUGGCCAACCUGAACCGUGAUGAUGAAAAAAGACAUGCAAAGCGCUCCAUGUCUAACUGGAAGUUGUCCAAAGCCCUUUCUCUGGAGAUGAUUCAGCUGAAAGAGAAGGUGGCCAGAUUCUCCUCAACCUCCCCAUUCCAGAACCUUGAGAUUAUCGCAACACUGGGCGUUGGUGGGUUCGGAAGAGUGGAGCUUGUUAAAGUUAAAAAUGAGAAUGUUGCUUUUGCUAUGAAGUGUAUAAAGAAGAAGCACAUUGUUGACACUAAACAGCAAGAACACGUCUACUCAGAAAAGAGGAUCCUGGAGGAGCUGUGUUCUCCUUUCAUCGUGAAAUUGUAUCGCACUUUCAAGGACAAUAAAUAUGUGUACAUGCUUCUGGAGGCCUGCUUAGGUGGGGAGCUGUGGAGUAUAUUAAGGGACAGAGGCAGCUUUGAUGAGCCCACCUCCAAAUUCUGCGUCGCUUGUGUGACAGAAGCAUUUGAUUACCUGCACCGACUAGGCAUCAUCUACAGAGACCUGAAACCAGAAAACUUAAUUCUGGAUGCUGAUGGCUAUCUUAAAUUGGUUGACUUUGGAUUCGCGAAGAAGAUUGGCUCCGGGCAGAAGACAUGGACGUUCUGUGGGACUCCAGAGUAUGUGGCCCCCGAGGUCAUUCUCAACAAGGGACAUGACUUCAGUGUGGACUUCUGGUCACUGGGAAUUCUUGUCUAUGAGCUCCUAACGGGCAACCCUCCCUUUUCUGGGAUAGACCAAAUGAUGACCUACAAUUUGAUUCUCAAAGGAAUCGAAAAAAUGGAUUUCCCCAGAAAGAUAACACGGCGACCUGAGGAUUUGAUCCGAAGGCUUUGCAGGCAAAAUCCAACAGAAAGGCUGGGGAAUCUGAAGAACGGCAUCAACGACAUUAAGAAACACAGGUGGUUAAAUGGCUUUAAUUGGGAGGGACUGAAAGCACGGAACCUUCCAUCACCUUUGCGAAGAGAGCUCAGUGGGCCCAUAGAUCACAGCUACUUUGACAAGUAUCCUCCUGAAAAGGGAGUGCCUCCGGAUGAGAUGUCAGGCUGGGAUAAAGACUUUUGACAGAAGAAAAAUGGAGACAUGCCACGGAGAAGAGCUGUGAUGAGCA